AUUCCACAACCCGCUUGCCACUCUCGUUGGGCGCAGCAGAUCAAACGAUCACUCACUAAUCAACUUGUUUGUUGCUAAAGCUUUGGAGUCGGGGCUGAGAUGGAGGGUAAAGAAGAGGAUGUUAGAUUGGGAGCCAACAAGUUCCCGGAGAGGCAACCGAUCGGGACUGCUGCUCAGAGCCAGGACGAUGGCAAGGACUACACGGAGCCACCACCGGCUCCACUGUUUGAGCCUGGGGAGCUGAGCUCUUGGUCUUUUUACAGGGCUGGGAUUGCCGAGUUCGUGGCGACCUUCCUGUUUCUGUACAUCACAAUUUUGACGGUGAUGGGCGUUGUUAAGCCAGUAGACCCAGGUAAAAAUAAGUGCGCAAAUGUCGGGAUCCAAGGGAUCGCUUGGGCCUUCGGCGGCAUGAUCUUCGCCCUCGUCUACUGCACCGCUGGCAUCUCAGGGGGUCACAUAAAUCCAGCCGUAACGUUCGGGCUUUUUCUGGCGAGGAAGCUGUCGCUGACGAGGGCGUUGUUCUACAUGGUGAUGCAGUGCCUAGGUGCCAUCUGUGGUGCUGGUGUUGUGAGGGGGUUCUUGAAGGGCGAGUACGUAAGGUUGAAUGGUGGGGCCAACUUUGUGGCCAAUGGUUACACCAAAGGUGAUGGCCUUGGCGCUGAAAUUGUUGGUACCUUCGUUCUUGUAUACACUGUUUUCUCCGCCACUGAUGCCAAGCGUAGCGCCAGGGACUCCCACGUUCCUAUUUUAGCACCUCUACCUAUUGGGUUCGCGGUAUUCUUGGUACACUUGGCUACCAUACCCAUUACUGGAACAGGUAUCAACCCAGCUCGGAGUCUUGGUGCUGCAAUCAUCUACAACAAGGACCGCGCCUGGGAUGACCACUGGAUUUUCUGGGUGGGACCAUUCAUUGGGGCAGCACUCGCAGCUCUAUACCACCAGGUUGUGAUCAGAGCCAUGCCCUUCAAGUCAAAGUGAAGCUAGUGACGCUUCACCGUGCACAAUCCGUGAUGCUUUAAAUUUUGUGGCCAUUGAUGUUGCAAGUUAAAAGACCACUCUAGCCAAGUCUGUCCAGAUUUCUGUGUGUAUGUGUGGGUAAAGAUAAGAUAUGUAAUAGUGGCAUGCUUCUUUCAAAGUUCCUUCUUAAUUUCGUGUCUUUCUUCUUCAAAGGGGAAUAGGUUGUUGAUGGGCCCCAUUUCUAGUAGGCGGACUUUGUUUGUUCGGCUGUGAACUUGUGUAUUUUCAAUGCAGAAUAACAAAGAGCAAACUGCUUCAAAGCU